AGUAAUCUGGGAAUAGUUGUAGAAGGGUGUAGCUUUUAACAUUGAUCCAGUACCAAAGAAGAAACAACAAUUUGAAGAUGUUUUUGCUGAAAAGUUUGCACCUUACAGGUCUGCUCCUUCUUGGGCUAGUGCUGUUAGGCUAUACAGAAAGACCAUUAGCAAAGGCUGGCACAGAAACGGUUUGGACAGGAAAAGGAUCAACAGAAAAUUUGAAAGAAAUAAUGAUCGGAAGAUGCUUCAACUACCUUGGAACAGUAAAUGUUGAUGCAGGGAAGAAAGACUGUCCAAAUCUAUGGGAAGCAUUUCUGAGUGCAUUUAGUGGGAAGGACCCAUGCAAAAUUACAACAGAGGAUUAUAAACCAUUUCUGGAUUUGGCAGGCCAUGACAUUCCAAUUAAUCAGUCAAUCUUCUGGAGCCAGACCAAAGGGCUCAUUCUUCAGUACACUGGUGUUACACACAAGGUGAUGCCUCUUGAGAGCACUCUGGUUGGUUAUAUGGUGGACGGCCUGAACUGGUGUGGAAAACUCUCCAGCCCAGAGCCUAAUUUUGAAGCAUGUCCUGGGUGGAAAGAGUGCGAAAACAAUUCAAUAAGUUCAUUUUGGAAGGCAGCGUCUGAAGCUUAUGCAAUGAGGGCUCAUGGAGAAGUAACAGUGAUGUUGAAUGGAUCUGCUCGUGGCGACACCUUCAGGAAUAACAGCAUUUUUGCUGAAAUUGAACUUGGCAAAUUAGACAAUGCGCGGGUUACCUUCGUUCACCUCUGGAUCAUGGACAAUAUUGAUGGCCCUGAUAAAGAAUCCUGUGAUGUUGGCAGUGUGGCAGUAUUGGAAAGGAUUCUAAAGGAGAAAAAUAUCAGCUACUCUUGCAAAGAUAAUUACAAUACUGCCGAAGACCAGGACCUAUCCGACUGUCAAGGACUGGGAUCCUGUCAAACCAACCAAACUCUAGACCUUGCUGAUACCUCAGAAGAUGGGGUCCCACCGAGACCGCCAAAGACUGGGGGCCCAACACGACCACCGAAGGUUGAGGACCCCCCAAAGCCACCCAAGACUGUCAGCUCAUCGAUACCGCCAAAGACCAGGGAUCAGCCAAAUCUGCCAAAGAGCAAGGGCGUGCCGAGACCACAAAGACCGGUGGCAGACCCUGUCAACCGAAGGCCAGGGGUGGGCCCCGGCAACCGAAGGCCAGGGGUGGGCCCCGGCAACCGAAGGCCAGGGGUGGGCCCCGGCAACCGAAGGCCAGGGGUGGGCCCCGGCAACCGAAGGCCAGGGGUGGGCCCCUUCAACCAAUGGCCAGGGAUGGGCCCCGUCAACCGAAGGCCAGGGGUGGGCCCCGUCAACCAAUGGCCAGGGAUGGGCCCCGUCAACCAAUGGCCAGGGAUGGGCCCCUUCAACCAAUGGCCAGGGGUGGGCCCCUUCAACCAAUGGCCAGGGAUGGGCCCCUUCAACCAAUGGCCAGGGAUGGGCCCCAUCAACCAAUGGCCAGGGAUGGGCCCCAUCAACCAAUGGCCAGGGAUGGGCCCCAUCAACCGAAGGCCAGGGGUGGGCCCCUUCAACCAAUGGCCAGGGAUGGGCCCCAUCAACCGAAGGCCAGGGGUGGGCCCCAUCAACCGAAGGCCAGGGGUGGGCCCCUUCAACCGAAGGCCAGGGGUGGGCCCCGUCAACCGAAGGCCAGGGGUGGGCCACGUCAACCGAAGACUAAGGUCUAUCCAUAUUGAUCACAAUUGGGAGACUGGGGCUGGGGGCCUGCCACAACCACGGGGGAAGCAGGAGCUCGCUGAAGCCACUGAGGAAUAGGCACCUGCCAAAAUUGCUGUAGACUGAGAGCCUGCUGAAAUUGCCAAUGAUGUGGGCCCACUGAAACUGCCACACCUCAGCUGCAGAACAAAGAAAGUAAACUUGUUGCAAAAGGUGAAAUUAAGAAAUGAUUAUAAGAUGAAAAAAUAAAAAGGAUACAGCCGGUCAGCCAAAAAGGAGCAGAUAGACCAAGAUUCCAAACACUACCUAACCUGCCAUCUCCACCAUCUUGCUAUUUUAAGAGAAAUGGUAUGACUGGCUAAUCUUUGAUUACAAUCAUAUUAUAAUUGGCAAUUAUGACAUGGCUGACCCUCCCUGCAACUAUUUUACAUCCAUUUCAUAAUAAAUGGUGGGUAUAAAAUAUUGGAGGUUCUAAGCAAUCUCGAAAUAAAUCAAGGCAAGGAACUAACUAUAUUGAUUAGUAAAUGACAAUGAUCAAAAUCAUGAUAUUAAAGCUAAACAAUUCCUCUGGUUUUGAUGUUUCCUUCCCAGUUAUUAACAGAAGUAGAUGAGGAAAUGUUUGAUGAAGUAGUUGUAAUUUUCCAAGCCACACCAAUUCAAGAAUUAUCUCCAAAUAUUGUGCAAUUUGGAAAAGAAAAACAAAAAAUUUGGGAAAAUUAUCUUAACAAAGCCCAUGGCUUGAAAUUGCAGUGGGAAAGUUAACUCUGACAAAUUUAAUUAAAAUGCUUAAAGAGUAACUCAGAUGGUAAAUCUAACAGCAUCUAAGGAUGUUAUUUCCAUAAAUGUGAGGGGGCAUUUAACAACAUUGUGCAUUAGGGACUGUUAACAAAAGUGAGACAGAAUCAAUUAAAGACUAUUUGUUUCAGAGUUUGAAGAUAACCAGUACAUAUGAGUAUGUAUUCACAUUGGUAGAAUGUAUCUAACAGUGCCCUUCAGAUAUCUGGCCUGCCUCAACUUUGCUCAUAUUUAGAAAUGUUUUGAAUGAAGAAAUAGAGAGCUGUUUCUCACUAGUUUACUGCUGACACUAAGUUAGAUGAUGCAACAUAUAGUUGCGUAGGUUGAGGUUGAUAGUUGCAAAGGGACAUCAGUUGAUUCAGUGAGAAGGCAAAACUGUGAAAGAUGGUGUUCAAUGUGGAAAAUAGACUGAGGUCAUCCACUUUGGAACUAAGGAGUGGAGAUCAAAUUAUUUUUGAAACAAUUAGACUGGAUUUAAGCAGAGAUUCUUAGGCUGGGAUUUUCUUCCUGAAGGCAAAUUUUACAAAACAGAGCUUUUCCAAUUGUUUUGAUCUCCCAUCCUGCUUGGCAGUAUCCAUCCUAUAAUCUUCACAGCAGAGUGGUGGGACCAGGCUAGAUUUGAGGUCAUUGCUUUCUGAAGCAGAUCCUUGGCAGGCACGGAGGUGGCAGUUUCCAAUGUGGACAGUUAAAUGGCCCGUCUCCAUUCACUGGAACUUUGGCUCAGUUUGGAACAUGAACUUUAAGUACCCUUGCCUUUACCCUUCACUUGCUCCACUCACCAGACCCAUUCAUAUCCCUCCCAAUACCUCGUAAUCUACCCCCCAUGUCAUCUUCACACCCAGUCAUUCGUAGCCACUUUGGAUAGAACUCAUGAGAUGUAGAACAGGAAUAUUGUAAAGCAUGGUGUCACGCAGAUAUCAUUGCUUAGUUCUCUUAAAGAUGUGUGCUUGCCUGAUCAUCGAUGCAUGCAAUAUCACAAUGGUGGCAAAGUUAAUAAUGCAUUCUUCAUAAGAUUUUUCACUGUUGUUUAUAACAGCUAUCUUGCAUAAACAUUGUCUGUAUUCAAUUUUUCUAAUAUUGAAGUGACAAAAUGUAUUGAGAGUAAAGUACUAAAUUGUGAAUUCCGCACUGCGAUUAGUGCUAAACAUCUGAAUUGCAAAACAUCCUCAUUUACUACUCAAGUGGCUGUUCCUGUUUAGAUGAAAAUGUGAAACUUGAUGUAUGGGUUUUGAGCUAUGUUCAUUUAUUUUAAAGUUUUUUUUUAAAAUGUUUGUUGUUUUCU